ACCCCACCCCUCCCUUUCCUGUUCCUCAUCUCCGGCCAAACUGGCCCUAAUUGUGGAGGAGGAGGGGCCUGCAUGGGUCUGGGAGGGGCCCAGUGAGGGUGCUUUCAACCCCUCCUCGCCUGGGCCCAGCCAGAAGCAGGAGGACCCCAACUUGGGAAGUUGGCAUGAAGCUCCCGUGAAAAAGCAUCGCAGUCCUGGGCCAGACCCAUGCUCUCUGGUCUCAGUUUCCCCACUUAUAAAAUGGCAAUGCUGAACUAAGUGACCUCCCAGAGCACUGCCAGCUCAGACAAUCCAGCCGGGGUGUGUGGUAGGGUGAGGGUGGGCGUGGAGGCUAUGGCAGUGGGAGGAGGGAGUCCUGGACCUGGACCAGGGAGGCCCUGGGGAAAGGAAGGGAAACGAGAGGCCAGGGGGAAAGGGGGAGGGGGAGGAAGUCCCCUCCUGGCCAGGUCACUCCCAGAGGCUGGGCUGGGCCAGGGCGGGGCAGCCGAUGGAGAGCAGAUCUGAGCACCCAGCCUUCACACCACUGCCCAGCUGCCCAGAAGCCCAGGAGCCCAGCCAGGUACCAGCCACGCCGGCACCUCUGUAAGGGCUCUGGUCCACAGACCCUGGGUCGUGGGGCUAGCCACUUGGGCAGAGGCUGAGUCUGCCCAUCUCCUCCAGGCCCUCAGAACACACGGCACAGCCCCACCAUGCUCAUGGCAUCCACCACCUCCGCUGUGCCUGGGCACCCCUCUCCACCCAGCCUGCCCAGCAACAGCAGCCAGGAGAGGCCGCUGGACACCAGGGACCUGCUCCUGGCCCGGGCGGAGCUGGCGCUGCUCUCCAUAGUCUUUGUGGCCGUGGCCCUGAGCAACGGCCUUGUGCUGGCAGCCCUAGCACGGCGGGGCCAGCGGGGCCACUGGGCACCCAUGCACAUCUUCAUUGGCCACUUGUGCCUGGCCGACCUGGCUGUGGCUCUGUUCCAAGUGCUGCCCCAGCUGGCCUGGGAUGCCACCGACCGCUUCCAUGGGCCGGAUGCCCUGUGUCGGGCAGUGAAGUAUCUGCAAAUGGUGGGCAUGUACGCCUCCUCCUACAUGAUCCUGGCCAUGACACUGGACCGCCACCGCGCCAUCUGCCGUCCCAUGCUAGCUUACCGCCAUGGAGGUGGGGCUCACUGCAACCGGCCGGUGCUGGUGGCUUGGGCCUUCUCGCUCCUUCUCAGCCUGCCCCAGCUCUUCAUCUUCGCCCAGCGUGACGUGGGGAAUGGCAGCGGGGUCGUUGACUGCUGGGCCAGCUUUGUGGAGCCCUGGGGCCUCCGCGCGUACGUCACUUGGAUCGCCCUGAUGGUGUUCGUGGCGCCUACCCUGGCUAUCGCCGCCUGCCAGGUCCUCAUCUUCCGGGAGAUUCAUGCCAGUCUGGUGCCAGGACCAUCAGAGAGGACUGGGGGGCGCCGCCCGGGCUGCCACACAGGCAGCCCCAGCGAGGGAGCCCGCGUGUCGGCAGCUGUGGCCAAGACCGUGAGGAUGACGUUGGUGAUUGUGGUCGUCUAUGUGCUAUGCUGGGCGCCCUUCUUCCUGGUGCAACUGUGGGCCGCGUGGGACCCGGAGGCGCCUCGAGAAAGGCCACCCUUCGUGCUGCUCAUGUUGCUGGCCAGCCUCAACAGCUGCACCAACCCCUGGAUCUACGCGUCCUUCAGCAGCAGCAUCUCCUCGGAGCUGCGCAGCUUGCUCUGCUGUGCCCGGAGGCGCACCCCACCCAGCCUGGGUCCCCAGGAUGAGUCCUGCAACACCGCCAGCUCCUCCCUGGCCAAGGACACUUCAUCCUGAAGAGCUGUUGUGUGUCUUGCCUCCAGAAGCUUUGAGAAGCUCAGCUGCCUUCCUGGAGUCCACUGGGAGGGGGACCCACAGAGAACAGGCCAGAGCCUGUGGCCCUGAGCUGGUACAUUGUAUGGCCCUGGACAAGCCACAGCCCCUGCCUGGGUCUCCACAUCCUUAGCUGCAUGAGGAUGCCUCAGGUCAGCUCACUGUGCUGGGUGUGGGAGGGCUGCAGCGGAAGGCUGAGGGGCAGGAAGGAGAGAGCAGCUGCCCCCAGGUGAGCGAGUGGUCCCGGGGGUCUUCUAAUCUCUGCCUCUCUAAUCCCUCCC